AUGGAACACUGUCGAAAGCACCCGAAAUUCGUUGCUGUUUUAUUAACAUUGCUGAUCCUUGCCGAACGCUAUCCCUCCAGUUAUUCUCAGAAGGAUGUUAAAAGCCAGGCAGUUUUAAAUCAGCGGCAAGUUUACGUAAAUCAGCAAAAUUCGGCUAAGCUGGCUACUGGACCCACUCGGCGCCCACAUCCAAAGACAGUCUUAGUUACCUGCAAUGAACGUGCCAUAGAGGUAGUGGUGAAAGCAGAUUUAUUUGAGACCGGUAUCCUCGUGGAACCUGAGGAUCUGUGGUUGGGUGCGUCCUCAGGGCAUGAAGGGAAGUCCCAAUAUGUGUGUGGAGCUGUGUCGACUGGAGAGUCUGAGUACACAGUUUACGCAGAGCUUAAUGAUUGUGGAACCCAGCUCUAUCUCACAGAGGAUGCAGUAGUUUAUGCCAACCAGCUUGUCUAUUCCCCUAACCCGUCUCCAGAUGGAGUCAUCCUUCUGGAGGGUGUGGUGAUACCCAUAGAGUGUCAUUAUCGAAGGAGAUAUGCUCUGGAUAGCGUUGCUGUUGUACCCACAUGGAUCCCCUUUGCCUCCACUGUUACUGCCAAUGACAUUUUGGAAUUCCACCUCAAGAUAAUGUCUGAUGACUGGACACAUGAGAGGGGCUCAAACAUCUUUUUCCUUGGUGAUGCCAUUCACUUGGAGGCAUCAGUUACUGUGGCCCGCCAUGGGCCCCUCCGACUGUUUGUGGACAGCUGCGUGGCCACACCAACUCCUGACCCGAAUGGAGAUGUCAAAUAUUCCUUUAUAGAGCACUACGGAUGUCUUGCUGACAGUGUGCUUACUGGUUCGGACUCCAGGUUCUUACCCAGAGUUCAAGAUGACAAACUGCAGAUAGCACUUGAUGCCUUCCACUUUUAUCAGGGCACUGGUAAUUUGAUCUACAUUGUUUGUCAUCUCAAGGCAGUCCCUGCAAACCAGGUGGUUGACUCCCAGAACCGCGCUUGUGCGUCUGUGGACAAAAUGUGGAGGUCUGUGGAUGGUAAUGAUCAGGUUUGCCGCAGCUGCGACAAAGCCAUUAGGGCUUCCAUGCCAAAAUCUACUAGGCUGCCUCGUGUUGUGUCGACGACAACGACCACAAGGCCUCCACAGACAAGAAGCACUAAAAAGCAUGAAUCUGCCAGCUUCUUUCGUGUUAGACCCGGGGUUACCCCCAAAACUGUAGCUCCAACUAAUGUAGCCAUUCCCGUCAGUGCAAUAAUUGAGGAACUUGGGGAUAUGUCCCUCAGUGGAACAGGAACCACCACCGCUGCUGAUGUUUUGGAGCUUAAGACCACUGCUAAAGGUGGAACCCUAACCCUGAUGGAGGAAACAGGCUUCAUCAAUAAAUCCACCAAAAACUCUUCUGCCACCUGA